CAGCGCUGGAUGGGCGGGGCGUGUCCGGAAUACGGGCGUGUAAAAACAAACGCUGCUCCCGCAGAAAACUUCCUCCUUCCGAAGUUGUAAAGAGGCGCUGGCGACGGAGCCGAAGCCGCUCUGGCUGCUGUUACUGCUUUAAUUUUCUUUAUUUAAAGGGGGAGCAGUUGCUGGAGCUGAGCUGUAGCAGCCCCCCCCCAGUUUGCUCAUUUUUACCUUUGGUGGGCCAUCCAUUGAGGAUGACAAUGGAAGAGAUAAAGAAUGAAGCUGAGACAAGUUCGAUGGUCUCUAUGACAUUAUAUGCAGUUAUGUAUCCAGUCUUCAACGAGUUGGAGAGGAUAAACCUGUCCGCGGCUCAGACUCUAAGAGCAGCUUUCAUCAAGGCAGAGAAGGAGAACCCUGGGCUCACUCAGGACAUAAUCAUGAAGAUCCUGGAAAAGAAAAACAUGGAAAUCAACUUCACAGAGUCACUGCUUCGCAUGGCUGCGGACGAUGUGGAAGAGUAUAUGAUUAAGAGACCAGAGCAGGAGUUCCAGGAUUUAAAUGAAAAAGCCAGAGCGCUCAAACAGAUCCUCAGCAAAAUUCCAGAUGAAAUCAACGACCGAGUGCGCUUCUUGCAGACCAUAAAAGAUAUCGCCAGCGCUAUAAAGGAGCUACUGGACACAGUCAACAACGUCUUUAAGAAAUACCAAUAUCAGAACCGCAGGGCUCUUGAGCACCAAAAGAAGGAGUUUGUGAAAUAUUCCAAAAGCUUCAGCGACACUCUCAAAACCUACUUCAAAGAUGGAAAAGCGAUUAACGUCUUCAUCAGUGCCAACCGGCUCAUCCACCAAACCAACCUGAUCCUGCAGACCUUCAAAACUGUUGCCUGAGCGGGAGAGUGUUUGAGUGAGAGAGACAAAGUGAGAGUGAGAGUUCUGAGUGAAAUUUAGGCCCACUUCUAUGUAAAAUACAGGAUUUUUCUUUCUCUAUAUUGUUUCUUUUUGAGUAUAAUUUAUGAAGGUGGAAUUUGGAAAGAUGGAGUAGAUGUUUCUGAGGAAAUGUAAUUUUUGUUGUAUUCCAAAUCAUGAUUUCACUACUCAGCUUCAAAAUCUUGAUUUUAUAAUUACUGUUCUGUUCAAAUGAAGCCAAAAUACGUAAAGACUGCGCCUUAAAGCGUCCUGCAACAUUCCACUUGUCCACCGGUCCGUAUGUGCACCUGUCCACUGUGUAAAUAAUCCUGCUGUCUGUGAUGAUCUGGCAGAAAGAAGAAGAAAAGGUCAAACUUGUAUAUUUAACAAAUAUUUGGUUGCAAAUGUUCAAUAAAUAGUUUCCAAAUGUU